GCUGACCUAUGGUUCGGUACGGUUCGGUUUCACUGUGGAGUGCGCGCUGCGUUUGCACCCCUUCGACAACCGAAACGGCGAUCGUUCACCGCGCACCCCUACGCAGGCACUGCGGGAACAACUCAUCGCCGCGUCGUUGCAGUGGGCCACGAUAAACGGACCAAACUAUACAGGAGGCAAAUAUUCGCCGUCCCUGCAGCGACCCGACUUCGUCGGCCGCUGCCUGUCCGUAGUGUAAUCGCUAAGCUAAAGCUAUCUAGCAAACUGACUCGACACAGUGGGAUUCGAUUCAACGACCUCCGACCAUCGUACUUCUGAAAAAGAGGCCGAACCCCGCUCGACCGUCCAGAGCCGUGGCCGCAGUCACACGCCCAUAAACCCGAGUGCAGGAGCGUUCGCAACCAUCGGAAUGCAGUCACCGUGCCUGAAGAACGAGUCCACGACGUUCUGCUCAGAUGUGGAGCGCCUGGUUACAUAUUCCACCGUAGCCGGGUCAAGGGUCAAGUGUACCUAGCUGGCGGUACGCGCUAUGUGUUCAGGCCACAACAACGACAAAACAAGUAAGGAUAUAAACAACCCUUCUGGGCAGCUCAUCAAGCCUUCUACGACGCCGAACAUUGCGGAAAUCGAAGAGAGAGACAACAACAACAACAACGGCGACCACGCAGCCGCCGCCAGGGCCGGGCAUGGCCGUCGCCCAACGGGGCGCCGCCAGCGGCGGCCUCUCGACGAGCCACCUGCCAUCGUCGUCGAGCACGUGGGACCCCCUGUGCUCCGCGCACGAGGAGCCCACGCCGCAGUGCCUGCUGAGGGCCCGGCGCGACAUCAUGGACAUCUUCGCCGCGCCCCCCGCCGGCGUGUUCAUCGCGCCGGAGGAGAACGACAUCACCCGCAUCGAGGCCCUGAUCGUGGGGCCCCCGGAGACCCCCUAUGAGGGCGGCUUCUUCCACUUCCUCGUCAAGUGCCCGCCCGAGUACCCGAACGAGCCGCCGCGAGUACGCCUCAUGACCGCAGGCGGCGCGCAGGUCAGCCUGAACCCCAACUUCCACCCGGACGGCAAGGUCUGCCUCAGCAUCCUGGGCACCUGGCCCGGACCGGCCUGGACGCCCGCGCUCUCCAUCAAGAGCGUCCUGGUGUCCAUCCAGUCGAUCAUGUCCGAGAACCCGUACUACAACCACCCGCAGUUCUGCGUGGAGCGGACGCCGGGCGACGUGAGCCGCUACGGCGCCAUCAUCCAGCACGAGACCAUCCGGGUGGCGGUGUGCGACGCCGUGCAGGCGUGCCUCGAUGACGACGACGGCAUCGGUCCACCGUGCCCGCCGCCGCCUCCCGCCCUGAGGGAGGUGGUGUUCAAGACGUUCGCCGAUUCGUACGACAGGUACGAAGCUGCGGUGAAGAUGCGCCUGGAGAUGACCGGUAGGCCAAUGAACGAUCCGUUCGGCAUCGCAAGGGGUCGGUACGGCUACAAGACGCUGCUGUCGCGACUGAGGGACUUGAAGGAGAGGGUCCAACGAAGGAACGAAAUUUCCGCCCAGAAAAGCGACCAAGCGACGCGUUGCAAGACUCCCUGCUAACCACGAUUCCUAUGGGAGUGGGGCUCGCUAAAACGAUUAAAUGAGGCGUCUAAUAAAAAAACAUGAAGCCUA